CGGGGCGGGAAUCGGGAAAUUUCGUGAAAGUGAGUUGGAAUACAGAGUCACAGUCACAGACACUCCGCCCAGCUAGCCAGUGUUUUGCAUAGCAAUAUUCAGUACCCGCAAACCUAGCUGGUUCCUCUCGGAGCUUGCACUGCGCGUGAGUUUGACCUAUCACACGCGGACACACAUUAUUUGUUAUAUAUCAUGAAGCACUCAGUCUCCUGUAGGCAUCUGACAGCGUAUCAGGAUAACAAGUCUAUUACUGCCAUUCUCUGGUUAACACAACCAGCGUAUAGCAUACACACAACUGUCUGCUAUCAACGAUGUAUGAAUCUACAAGGUACUGAAACAUCACGAGUCAAAGUUUAUGCUAAUACAAACUCUCACACAUGUGCGGACAAAAUGGAGGCCGAUACUAGUAGUACGUGUAUGUCUACAUGUCCAGGAAGUGAUACAGGGACCGCAACUGUACAUACUAUAAUAGUUAUCUGGGAGUGUAUAGAUGCACAUGGACAUGAUUCUCAUACAGUCGGGCUCAGAGAGCUUGCUAACUUGACUAUCCCAGAAAAGGUCAAUGUGCGCGAUAUAACCUGUGAUGUCAGUGAGGAGAAUAUAGUACUAGAUAUCCGGAAGCGGUGCUGCAAUCAAUUGGAUUCCGUUGUUGUUGGCCUUAAUGGAAACGUGGAGAAGGUGGACAACUGA